AUGUUUAGCUGUGCAAGCAAAGUGUUGAUUUUUUUGUUGGCUGUACAAUUUUGUACGUCCAAACGAAGCGGAAAGUCUCCUCUUCUACGAUGUUUGACCGGUUACAAAGAUGGUAACGGCGAACUUUCUGAUUGUCCUCCGGAUAAAGUAUUUUCAAAAUGUGUUAGUCAUUGUCCAAGAACAUGCCAGAAUCCAUACAUAAAAUCUGACAAUAAAGCAUGUUUACAUAAUUGCCGUUCUGGUUGUGUUUGUACAAAUGGAACGCUUAUUGAUGAAGGUCAAAAUCGUCAAUGUGUACCUCAAGAUGAAUGUACAUGUUUUCUUCAUGGGAAGGUCUUCUGGCCUAAUGAAAUUUUACUUCGAAAUGGAAGAAAAUGUCAAUGCAAAAAUGGGGGUUGGUAUUGUCACGAUCAACCAACUUCAUCUCGAACAUGUUCAGUCGUUGGUCUUAGCCAUCUGGAAACGUUCGAUGGAUCAUUAGUCACUGUGAAACCAGACAAUUAUUUAUUAGUUAAAGUAAGAAAAUGA